CAUAUAAGUAUACCGAACCCAACUACUAAAAUAAAUGAGGUUCAACCAAAAUAAAUGAAUUGAUGCUCAAAGCGUUUGAGAAUCACUUUCAUUUGACAUUUUCUGCAGGCUGCAGCAGCUAGCUAGCAUACAUGACCUGUCUUUUCAUUUCGAAUCUCCUUAUUACUUCCCUUCUCCUCUCUGAUUUGAAAGAAACCAAUUAGAUCACUGCUUUGGCUUCUGAACAACUUGGAAGAAAAACCCAAAAAACAAAAAACACAAACAAGGAUGGAAGAGCAUAUUGCGAGUCUUGUACUGUUGGGGGUAAUUUCAUGGACAACAGCCUUUCUGUUCAUAAGAAAGAUGUUUCCAAAGCGGUCCUUUGACUUCUGCAACCGCCUUGUUUCUACAAUUCAUGCAACUGUAGCUGUAACUUUAGCUUCCUUGUCCGUUGAAGAUUGGAAGUGCGCAGUUUGUCCUCAGGCUUCAACGUCUUCUCCUCAGCAGAUGAAAGCACUCGCCGUGAGCCUUUCGUAUCUCAUCUAUGAUCUGGUGUGUUGCCUCUUUGACAAGAAAUUCAAUCUUGACAACUGCGUCCACCAUUUGGUCAGCAUUGUUGGGAUUGGAGCAGGCCUUGCCUACCAAAGGUGUGGGUCAGAGAUGGUAGCAGCAUUGUGGAUAACAGAGUUGUCUAGUCCUUUCCUCCACUUAAGGGAGCUUCUCAAAGAGCUUGGUUACAGGGACACCGACCUCAACUUAGCAGCCGAUAUUUCAUUUGCAGCUAUAUUCACGGUUGCAAGGAUGGUUGGGGGACCUUAUCUCACUUACGUGACUCUAUCUGCUAACAAUCCUUUCAUCAUCAAGGCCAUGGCAUUAGGAUUGCAGCUGGUCAGCGCUUUCUGGUUCUACAAGAUUGCAAGGAUGGUCAAAUACAAAGUGAUCAAGAGGACUGGCCUAAACAAGUUGACGCAACCUAAAGUAGAGACUCUAGAGAGAUAGAUAUAACUAUAAUGGGAUUUGGGAAAUGCAAUAUUUUUCCUUUUCAUUUGUUGCUUUUCCCGUUUUCAUCCUGUUUGCUCUCUAGUGUUGCUUU